AGCACAAGUUUCCUGAAAUGUAUAAGCUGCUAAAUACUAUUUUAAUAUUCUUGUUCAUCAACGCUGACUUUGCAGUUUCUGGGCGGGAUUCACGAUGCCUGGAAAGACACACUAACGAAGAAUUGAACUGUCUCGCGUAUGUCCCAAGAUACUAUUACGACCAAGAGAAGGAUGAGUGUAUUUUCUUCGUGUACGGCGGUUGCGGAGGCAGUAAAAACAAUUUUUCCCAAAAAGAGUGUGAAAAGGUCUGCCUAGACAGUUGAAGUGUUUCAUUCCGAUUUCGGUAAUUAAAUAAAAUUUACAAAUUUU